AUGACUAAUUCUUCCUUGAACCUCGUUAGACUAUGGCGGUCCACUUUCGAGUUGACUGUUGGCGAAAUAUCUAGGUAUAGGAUUCGCUUUGAUAAGUCGAAACACCCUUUCAAUACAGCCUGGCCACCUGUGGAACUAGUACUCAAAGUCACCAAUUCAACUUCGAUAAUAUUUCGAGGCGCAUUUUUUAGUGGGCCUUACUACAUCUCCGCCUCAUGCAUCCAAACCGAUCAUCACAGAGCAAGACCACAUUCAGAACUCCUUCCUCACGCGAAAGGAUGCAUAAAAUGCGGUGAAAGUUGGGAGAUUAAAUUGGAAAUACCUCCGAGUGGUAUUGGUGACUGGACUAUUGACAUCCUGAGCGAGAUAAUAUUUACUUCUACCAAGGUCAAAUAUGACUUGGGAAUAUUCGCCGCAAUGCCCAAGAAUGCAAUGACCAAGGAUAAAAAAAUAUUCGACAAUGCCUUUUUAAUUAGCGAAGACGGCACCACCACCACCUUUUCCCCUUCGAUAUCAUAUGAAUUCAUGAGACCACGAGAUGUCAUCAAGACGCCCGAUCUAAGUGAACUUGCAACUAGGGAUAUCCACCUUGUGGUGCUGACACACGGAAUACACGGCUCAACGUUAGAUGAAUUAUUUAUUAAAGAAGCCAUCGAAGAAAG